GAAAUAGAAAGAUAUUGUAUAUAUAGAAAGUGGAAGGCAGAUUUGCUUUUACAAGCUGGAUCAUAGAUUCAUAUAUAUAAAUUCCAUGCAUGGAAAGCAAAAGGAGAAGCAAAAAGGGGUAUAAUUAUGCAUGCACGAGCGUCUGCAACUAAUUAACUAGCUAGCUUUAAUUUCCAUACCCAGUACCCCUUUCCUAUAUAACCCAUUCACCAUCGAGUACUCACAUAUACAAAUAAUUAAUUAGUACUACGUGAAAAAGAUCUGCAGGUAGUAGUCAUGGAAGUAAUUAAAAGAUCAUCAGUGCUCAAGCCACAGCUCAAGAAAAAUUUGUGGAAGCCAGAAGAGGACUUGAUUCUGAAAAGUUAUGUGGAAACUCAUGGUGAAGGCAACUGGGCUACUGUCUCCCAGAGAUCGGGUUUAAUGAGGGGAGGAAAGAGUUGCAGGCUUAGAUGGAAGAAUUACCUGAGACCUAACAUUAAACGAGGUGAGAUGUCCAAAGAGGAAGAAGAUCUUAUCAUCCGAAUGCAUAAGCUUCUGGGCAACAGGUGGUCACUGAUUGCUGGUCGGAUUCCUGGUCGGACAGAUAAUGAAGUGAAGAACUACUGGAAUACCCAUUUGAACAAGAAAUGCAUUCCAGGUAAAAGAAAAGCAACCGACCCAGAUCACCACCACCACCAACAUGAGGAAAACGACGAGAACCUGAACAAGAAAAAGAAGUUGAGUCCAUUGUGUCACUCUGAGUCCAGUGGAAGUGCGGAUUUGAUAACGACAAAAUCUAUAAGUUUGGAUGGAAGGAAAGAAGAGAAGGAGGCCGAGAGCAGUACUGUCACAGACCCCACCUGGAUGGAGAUCAACACAGACAGCUUCAACUAUUACAUAGAUGAUCAGUACCCAAUACUGCCCGGAAAGAAUGCAACUUUCGUUUUUGACGAUGAACCUCUCACAGCUUACUUGGAUUCUUUUAUCUUGUUUGAAUCAUUUGAAUGCGAUGGGGGAGGAGGCGCAGUACGCACAGAUGCAAUCAAUCAUGUAGUGACGAAUAAUUACUAGAUAGAAUCAUGUACACGUACGGUACAAAUUGUAUUUUCUGAUAUUUCAUCUGUGUGCUAGAUGUCAUAUAUAUACUCGUUAAAAAGCUGAUGUUUAUCAU